AUGUCUAAUACAGCUCCUGGCCAGUCUCGGCCAGACGACGCCAGAUGCUAUAACUGUGGCGAUUGUGGCCAUUGGACUGUUGCAUGUCCAGAACCCACCAGGGAAACUCCUGCUGGUCUCGCAGCCUGGAGAAACGCCAACGCUCCUGGACACGGAGGUAAUAGAGACCAUGGUGGUCCCAAAAAGUCUAAAGGUCCCAUCAUCACCAAAUAUGCACCUGCGCCUGUGCCAACAUCAACACCAAGCGCGGCUCGAUACGGUCCUCCUCCAGGAUAUGGGCCUCCUCCACCUACACACUACCCCGGAGGACCUCCCUCCUAUCCUCCGCAAUACCCUCCUUACGGAUCCUCAGCAUCUAACUACGCACCACCUGGCUACGCACCUCCAGGCUACUCUAACCCAUAUCCUCCACCUUCUUAUGGUGGUCCUCCCCCAGGUCUUCCGGCAGCACCUCCCAGGCCUCCCGGCACAUACGCUUCUCCCCCUCCGCCUCCUCUUCAACCUCAAGCGCAUCCACCUCCAUAUCCACCGCGCGCAUAUGGUCCUCCGCCUCGCCAAGACCACGUCCCCUACCCUCCACAGCCUCAUUAUCCCCAUUAUCCACCGCCAGCUUCAGCACCAUAUGCUCAGCAUCCACCGCCGCCAUCAUACCCGCCCCCUUAUCCCUCUCACAGCGCGCCUCCGUCAUAUGGGCACCCUCCACCUUCGCGGCCCCCUAUCCCGUCACCAGCACCGCCUCCCGCAUCACGUCCACAUCGACCAGCUUCAUCCUCAUUACCACGCCAGAAUUCUGCCUCAACAUUACCUUUGCCAGCUUCUUUGCCCCCUAAACCCUCUCUACCCCCUAAACCACCACAGCCCAAUCAGCAUGGUCAACCUGGUAGGGGACGGCGGGACUUUUCUGACCAUUCUCGAGAUCAUCGCAACAAGCGAAAGAAUGACCGACACUCUCGUAAUCACGAUCAUCGACAAAAGAAGAACCAGCCCCAUUCUCGGCCGGAUCAGAAGCCACAAGAGAACAACAACAGACGCCCCGAUCCCAAGACACCCAAUCAUCCUAAACCUGCGCCGUCUCCUCAACAGGGGGAUCAGAAAGGCUCAACAACUGCUGUUAAACCAAAGUCAAGCCCGCCUGCUGAUUCUCCUGAAACUAAAAAGGUUCAAGUUGAAACUCCUAGACCUGAUUCAUCACAGAGACCAGAUAUAGCACCCGAAAAGGCUGUCGACGAUGAAUUCGAAUGGGACAAGAAUGCCAUAUUCGCAGAGCCAGAGCCACGUCAUCCACCAGAUGAGGUUGGUAAGCCAUUGCCGGCAGAAUAUAACGAUGAGGUGCUUCUUCCAAGAAAAUGGGAUGCAGAAUGCAUCGAGUCGGACUAUGUUCAAGCUGACAAUAUCGAGGAAUACGUGAAGCCAAUACACGAAACUCCGUAUUGGUCAAAGAUCGAACACGACCCCGCGUUCGUGCGAGACGGCAAGCUUCCUAGCGGACACCCCAUUGCCAAUCUCCCGCCAAGGCCACCACCAAAACUUGAGGAGAUCGUUCGGAGCGAAAGUUCCGAAAGUGGCGAGGUCCAUGAACGACUUGCGAAACGAGGUCACCCAGACGACGGUACCCCUGGUGAGCGUCCACUGAAGAGACAAAGAUCCCGAAGCUCUUUCGACGCCGGCCGCAGAGGAUCACGGGGCCGGCAUUCACUCUCGCGUGAUUCGUACGUUCCACAAGGACGCAGGUCACGUCCAGGUAGUCCCGAACGUCGACCUACAGAAUUUCAGAUCAUAGCCGUGGUCGUGGACGUCAUCGGAGCCGUACUCCAAGUCGCAGUCGACACCGUAGUCGGAGUCGGAGUCGAAGUCGGAGUCGAAAUCGCAGCCGUAGUCCUAGUCGCAGCCGCCGCCGCAAUCGAACCCCAACGUCGCGCGACUCAUCAGUAUCUGCUGCAUCUUCAGGAUUGGAUUCCUUGGAAGCCGAAUUGCUGGGACGAGAUACUAAAGCAAAGACUCCUGAAGGAUCUCCACGGCCGAAGUCGUCCUUGUCAGGGCUCAAGCCAAAACGGCGACAAGCGAAGCUCGAUUCAGCGUACAGUCGUCGUUGGUAGGCUACACAAAGAAAAUGGCAGCGUAUUACAGCUUCUCAACGUUACUGGUACAUCAUGUUUUCUUUCUUCCGUUCCCCAACUUGGAACCGCAACUCGCGUUGCAAUGAUUCCAUGUAUCUAG